UUUAUGGCACGAUGGCGGUAGUUGUUCUAGACAACGGUGCCGGUUUUUCCAAAAUAGGAUUUUCCACUGAUGGACAACCAAGGAAUGUCCCAAAUUGUGUUUCCAAAGCCAAAAAUGUACGAACGCGAAUAUUCAUUGGUGACCAGAUUGAAGACUGCAAGGACCUUUCUGGACUGUAUUACCUUCUUCCAUUUCAAAAGGGUUACCUAGUAAAUUGGGAGAUUGAGAAACAAGUAUGGGAUUAUCUCUUCAGCAAAGAUGUUCUGAAGGUGAACUUCAGUGAGACAACACUUGUUGUCACUGAACCCCACUUCAACUUCUUAUCCAUUCAAGAAGCAAUGAAUGAAAUUUUCUUUGAGGAUUACCAAUUCCAAGCUAUCUAUAGAACCAAUGCCAGCCGAUUAAGUGAUUACAGACUAAGACGAGAACAAAGCACCAACAAUCUCUGCAGUUUGAUAAUUGAUUCUGGUUAUUCAUUCAGCCAUCUAGUUCCCUACAUGAAGGGGAAAAAAAUAACAAAUGCUGUUAAAAGGAUUAAUGUUGGUGGGAAAAUAUUGACAAAUCAUUUGAAAGAAAUAAUAUCUUAUCGGCAACUGAUGGUUAUGGAUGAGACAUAUGUUAUCAACCAGCUUAAAGAAGAUGUUUGUUUUGUAUCUCAAGACUUCAGCAAAGAUAUGGAAACAGCAAGAUUAAACAGAAAGGAUAAUUCCAUUGGACGAGAUUAUAUAUUACCAGAUUACACAAAUAUCCACCGUGGCUAUAUGAAUUCACUUGAAGAAUCUACUGGAAAGUCUAAAGAAAAUGAGCAAUUAAUCCGAGUAAAUAACGAACGGUUUUCUGUCCCUGAGAUACUUUUCCACCCAUCCAAUGUUGGAAUAGAAGAAAUGGGAAUUGCAGAAACAGUGGCACAUAUUUUAAGUCUUGUCUCAAAAGAAAUGGAACCUCAUUUGCUGAAUAAUAUUCUUCUGACUGGUGGAAAUUGCUUCCUUCCUGGUUUCAAAGAACGUUUUGUAAAAGAAGUGAGAAGUAUGAUCCCCAUUGAAUAUGAUCUCAGAGUAACCAUGCCAGACAAUCCACAGACUUAUGCUUGGCAUGGAGGUGCAAAGUUGGCUUCUGAUCCUAAAUUUUCAUCUAUGGUUGUCACCAAGCAGCAAUAUGAAGAAUAUGGACACAGCAUUUGUGCAGAUAAAUUCAAUGUAUAAAAUCAAAACAUCAAUUAUAAUCACUCAUUAAUCAAAGUCAUUAGUGUAAUAGAUGUCAGUAUUGUAUAAUAUUCAUUCAGAUUUCUUGGUUCACUACAUCAAGUAUGCUAGCUCCCAUUUUAAAUAUUGUAUAUUCUGUGAUUCCUUUACUCGUUGUUUAAAAGCUUAAUCAUGAAAAGAAAUACACUACAUGUUUGCAGGUAAAAGAGAAAAAGGGAGAGAUGGACAAAUGCUUAUAGAAAUGGAGUGUGAUGGAUGUCAGUAAUAAGUAACCUAGGAGAGAGAGAGGGAAUGGUGGCUGGCUGUAAGGUGGAGAUGAUCUUAUUAGUAGAAUGCAAGUGAUGUAUAAUUUAGAUUAGGGGUUUUCAAACUUUUUGACUUGCGGACCCCUUUAUAUUUCAGGCUUUACCUUAGGGACCCCCUUAUAAACGCUUAUGAAAUUCAUACAUAAAUAUUUGCUUAAAAUAACAUAUAUUUUUACAUUUAUUUAUUUAACAGUAUUUAACAAAUAGGUUUAUUGUCAAUUAAAAGAUUUCGAUUAAAAAACAUAUAUAAAAUCAAAUUGCUUAUAAAAAGUAUUUGCUGUCCACGGACCCCCUGUCUUGUCCCUGCGGACCACAGUUUGAAAACCCCUGAUUUAGAUGACAAUUACAAGAGAGUGUGCAAUGUCAAUAAAAACAGUGAGCUGAGAGGGAAUGAUGACAAGCAGCACAAAAGGGUAAGUGGAAAUCAAUAGAUCUGAUGCAAACCCUCAUUAUACAGGCAUCAUGAUGGGAGACAGUUGCUAAUUGCAGCUCACAUGCAUGCAGGUAAGAAAGAGAAGAUGUGUAAUGGGUAGUUAUAGAAAUGGUUGGUAGUAAGAGAGUGUGAAGGCAGUAUGGUACAGUGAAUGAAAGAUGAAUUAUAGAGAGAUUUGAUGGUAUCAAAUUGACAAGAGGAGUAAUUAAAUGGAGACUUAGUAAGUGCAAAACAGAUAGGAGACUCAGGUAUAAAUGUAUAUUAUACAUCCCAGCCUCCAUCACUGCCUACAUUUUAGCAGAUGUUUCAUUAUGCUUGCAUAGGUAGAUGUAUCUUCUCCAGUAUCAUUUAUCAUCAAUCAUCAUGGUCUUUUGUCAUCUCCUUUGUGAUGUGAGACCAGUCUUCACUACUUUGUCCCAAGUUUUCCUUGGUCUCUCUCUUGUUCCAGUCACUUUGGUUUCAUUCACUUUGAACAUACAGCACUUUUUUUUUAUAUCUUCCAUACACAUCACAUGCCCAUAUCAAUGCAGUCUUUUCUCUUGCAUAUCAUUCCUUGUUCCUCUUAUAAUCCAUUUUUCUUUCAUUUCAUUUGUACUCCAUAAUUCUUGUACACUAACAUUACAUAUCCAGUGAAGCAUGGUCACUUCAUUUCUUUUCUACACUUGCAUAUUAUUUUGCUGUGGUUUUUUGGGCAGGCUUUUUUUCUGUUAAGACUCUUUGGAUUGGAUCUUUCUGCCCUGCUAGAUUUCAUAUCCAUUGUCUCCACUACCUCUGUAAACUUCUUGGACAUCUCUAUUUCUAUUGCACACACCAGCCUUUACAUCUCCACCCUUUUACACACCCACUGACUCCCCCUCUUAUAUAAGUUCCAUCUCAUCCCAACCUCACUCAUAUCAAAUCUGCUAUCCUCUACUCCUAACCAACUAUUGAUGCUACUGCACUACUGAGUGGAUCUCCAACCCUCCAACUCGUAUCUGUCCCACCGUCAACAUCCUUUGCUUUCCCUUCACCUACGUUCGACCACCUUACCUCUUGAAUUCAACACCAAAUGUCCUAAAGGACACUCAUAACUGACUGAAGUUUUGUUAGCUUGCAGUACAGAGUUUCACUAUUCCGGUUGGGUUGAAACAGGAAGCUGCUACAGCAAAUUAUUCCUAUAAUAUAUAUCCCCUGGUAAUGUCAAUAGAUUUAAUAACCCAUUGUUGGAUAAUUCUCUGAAAAUAUUAAACAACCAAUGACUAUGUCAUAUUUGGUGGAGACAAAUAAAAUAUUCUUAAAAAAUAUACAGCCAAAAGGUUUUAGUUAAACAUUUUAUAACAAUAAAUAGUUAAAUUAUAUUUUUAAUUAAAUAUUAAUAAUAUUCAUGCA